UUGUGUGUGUUUGUGUGUGUGUGUGUGUGGGUGUGUGGGUGUGUGUGCGUGUGUGUGUGUGAGGGGCACUUAUGUCUGUGUGUGUACUUAGGUUAUCUCCGAGUGUCUCCAGCAAACUAAAAUAAAGGAUUUUGUUGGAUAAAGCCUCAACGGAUUCGCAUCAACAUCCUAGACCUGAGAACUGAUGCUUCCCGCCAUCACCAUGGAAACGGAGGCCAGUCAUAUGUUGGAGACUGCACUGGAACAGAUGGAUGACAUCAUUGCAGGUUCGAAAGCAGCAGCAGUGGAGCUUUCUAACAGCAUGUAUGACCUGGAUUCUCCCAUCAGCGCUGCUCCUCUGCAGGUUGUUAAGUUGGCUGAGGACCUCAAACUCGCCCUGAAGCUCCAACCCGACCAGGACGAGAGGGACAGCCUCAGAGCUCAGUUACCUUCGGAAACAGCACAGAUUCUCAUGGGCUGGCUACAGAGUGGCACAGUGGACCUGUGUUCUCCAGCCAACAAUGAAACCUACCAAGAACGACUGCUCCGUCUAGAAGGAGACAAGGAGUCUCUGGUGCUACAGGUGAGCGUUCUAACAGACCAGGUGGAGGCCCAGGGAGAGAAGAUCAGAGACCUAGAGAGCUGCCUGGAGGAGCACCGGAGAAAACUGGCCUCUACAGAGGAGAUGCUGCAACAGGAGCUGAUGUGCAGGACCUCUCUGGAGUCUCAGAAGCUGGACCUGAUGGACGAGGUGUCCUACCUCAAACUGAAGCUGGUCAGCAUGGAGGAGACACACACCAACACACCGCCACAGGGCCCCACGGACACCAAGCAGAACAAAGCCGAGUGUGUGGUAAAUCUCAUCAGUGAGCUUCAGGAGCAGAUGUGCAAGUUUCAGGAGGAGAUCAGCACUCGUAUCCAGGAGAAACGGGCCUUGGAGGAGAGGGAGGCCCAGCAGGGGGAGGCCAGAGGCAGCCAUACCCAGGGCCUCAGCCCUCAGGCCGGGUCAGCCUGCUCAGACCUGAUGCACAAUGAAGGACAGACUGUACACGAUUUGCGACAAGAGGUGAAGCAGCUGAAGAGCAGGGUGGAGGAGCUGGAGGGAGAGAAGGACCAGUAUGAGAGGAAACUAAGAGCCACCAAGGCAGAAAUAUCAGAGCUGCAGCAGCUCGUGGCCUCCAAAGAUGCUGAGAUCGAAUGCCUGCAGACUCAGCUGCUGGCUAGAGGCAGCACAGGCAAUGACACAGAGAGAGAGGAGGUGUAUAUCAAGCAGCUGAUUAACAAAUACCAAGAAUACCAGAGGCUGAAGGUGGGGAUGGAAUCUUUGUUGGCUUCAAACGAGGAAAAGGAUCGACGUAUAGAGGAGCUGACCAUUCUGCUAGGUCAGUACAGAAAGAUGAGGGAAGUCAUGGCUCUCGCACAGGGGAGCAGUGAAGAGGAGCUGGCUGGCAGUCUAAGACUCAGAGCCAUCACACACAAAGCACAAUCUGAUUCUGUCAGGUCAGAGAUGUCAUCUAGAGGGUCUUCUCCACUGAUGCUUUCUUCAUCUCCUUACCAGAGAGAAUUCGACUCCAGUAUCCAGAACUCGAUGGACACUUCGCUGGUGUCCACUGGGGACAUAAGCUUCUUAAAUGGCUCGUGGCAUCAGUGCAGGUUGCUGUCCAGCAGCCUGGAAGAGCUGCAGAGUGGAUCCUUCCAAAAGAAUGCUCACAUGGAGCUGAGCAAGUACCGGACUCUGCCGGGGAAACUGAAAGGUAAAAAGAGCGACCAGAGAGCUGAGCUGAACGGAGACGGAGAGAGAGCUGGAGAGUAUUCAUCUCCUGUCCAAAGCCACAACCUGGAACAGGACCAGGACUACAGUCUCAGGCAUCCAGAAAAGCUAGAGGAGUGUCUUCUGUCAGACCAGUCCCCCCUGUCCUCUGGAGUGGACUCUGGACAGCAGUCCCCUGUGUCACCAGAGAACAGGAAAAAUCAUAGAGGCAUUAAGAAACUCUGGGGGAAGAUCCGUCGCAGCCAGUCAGGUAGUCCUGCCCUGGUCCACGACCCCGAGCUUGGAGAGUUUAGUAGGGGGGGCUUCAGAGCCACAGCUGGACCGAGCCUGGCCCGUCCGGGGAACACACGAGACCUGAAGGUGCCUUUUUCUAAGUGGAGCACAGAGCAGGUGUGUGGCUGGAUCGAAGAAAUUGGACUGGGCCAGUACGGCGUUCUUGCCUGCCACUGGGUCACCGGCGGUGAGACUCUACUGUCGGCCACUCUGCAAGACCUAGAGAAGGAGCUGGCGAUGAAGAACCCGCUCCACAGGAAGAAGCUCCAGUUAGCUAUCAAGACGUUUAGCAGUGGGCAGCCUGAGAAGUCUGCAGAGCUGGACUACAUCUGGGUCACUCGUUGGCUUGAUGACAUCGGACUCCCUCAAUACAAAGACCAGUUUAAUGAAGGAAGGGUUGAUGGGCAGAUGCUGCAGUACCUCACUGUGAACGACCUGUUAUUCCUCAAAGUGACCAGCCAGCUGCAUCACCUCAGCAUCAAAUGUGCCAUUCAUGUUCUCCAUGUCAACAAGUUCAACUCCAACUGCCUUAAACGCAGGCCCAGCAAAGAGAACCAGUUCGCUCCCAGUGAGGUGGUCCAGUGGUCCAACCACCGGGUCAUGGAGUGGCUGAGAUCUGUGGAUCUGGCAGAGUACGCACCAAACCUGAGGGGCAGUGGUGUGCACGGAGGGCUGCUGAUGCUGGAGCCUCGCUUUAACUCAGACACGCUGGCCAUGCUGCUGAACAUCCCUCCUCAGAAAACACUGCUGAGACGCCACCUCACCACCAACUUCAACAGCCUGGUGGGAGCACAGGCUCAUCAGGAGAAGAGGGAGUACACUGAGGCAGCGGGGUACACCCCACUCAGCAUCACAGCAAAAGUCAAGCCGAAGAAGUUGGGUCUCUCUAACUUGACUUACCUCAGGAGGAGGCGACAGGAUGAACCCACAGACUACAUCUGUCCAAUCGAGUUGUCCUCGCGUCAGUCAGGGCAGUCUGUGAACGGGGUUCAGGUGCGGCCCUACGCGGGCUUUAGAGGCCUGAGCCCAAUCCUGGACAGAGAGCCCGACCGCUCCGGGGACCAGGUGGGGCUCGACCACAGCAGAGCUGACCCAUCUCCAUGACGACAGCUGUGACAACAACUUGUGUUCCAUCGACCAAUCCACUGCCACUGCUACUACUCUGCUUCCUAUGCUUGCGGCCCAUAAUACCUCAGCCCGUCCCCUCCCUGCUCCUCUAGAGCCCUGUGCCUUACGAGUGAAGACAUUCAGAGACGCCACACAGAUGCUUCUACUGACAUCAUCAUUCCACACACUCAUUUCCAGUCAGAAGCCUCACUAACUCGACCUCCGCCUUUAACCUGUGCCAUGAUGGAACUCAUCAUGAGAGAACACAGCAUCUCUCUGACAUCACUUCCUGUGAUCCAUACACCAGUAUAUAUGGAUAGCUCUUGCUGUACAGUAUUAAGCCAAUACUCUAACAUGUGUCCAUCACCAGUAGAUGAUUUUAUAUGUGUGAGUCCGUCAUCCCAUCAUUCACCAUUUACCACUUUAAUACCCUACUGUUACGAGGUUGAGAUGAACUUGUGCAAUAUUUGCAUAAUAUUAUGGACGGCUUUAAUUUAAUAUUUAUGUCAUUGCAGAGCUAAUUAUUAAACAGCGUGUUAGGUUUGAACCUGGGGUGGUUCUUUUCUACUGUAGUUUUCAUAUUUGCUGUAAAAGUUUUAUAGGAGGGAAAAUCCUGCUCUGCUAAAGGAAACUUAUAUGUGGUCAUGUAAAUGUAAAAAGUUUUACCAAAUCAUUUAAUAAACAAAAUUA